AUAAACGUUUACUAUUUAUAGUCUAAGACCUCUUUCUUCUUAAUUUCAGAGUUAAUUAGCCUACUUUACUUAGCUUUUUAUAACAUUUUGGAUAGCUUAAAACAUGUGUAAGUUAUUAUUAUAGCUACAACUUCUUUUAAUAAACCUAUUGGAAAGUAGGUAAAACAUAGUGAAAAAACCUACAUUCAAACAGUUAAUUACUUGCCACUUUAACCAGAUAGCAGAUUUUUUUCCAAGUUUUUUUUUAUUAUAUGUACUGGUAUGCUUUCUAUACGAAAACAGUAAAAAAGUCUCAUCCAAGAGACGAAAAAAGUAUAAUUAAAAAUAAAAUUACAGACAAAAAUGGUACUUUAAAAAAAACGGUUAACUUUUUGGCAUUAUGUCGUAGGCUCAAAUCUAGUAUUAGCAAUGACCUUAAUAAUAAUAUGCUUUAAUAUAUAAAUCGACUUUUCCUGUAACCCUAUAAAUAUUGUUAGUUUUAAGAGGCAAAGAAAAAAAACUAUCACAUACAAUUUUGUAUAACUAAUUAAUUAUAAUGUUAUGAUGCGUUCGGUAUAUUGAGCACCUUGACAUAAUAACUCUUAAUGCUAACUCAGUAUUAUUUAACAAUAACUUAAAAUGGUCACGUCAGUACGUGAGCCAAAUCUCUUGUUGAAAUAACUCAAUUAAUGCGUCAAGAGAACGUGCUAAGUAACACUAAUUUCAUACGUGAAACAGAUGUGGUGUAUAGCUUGUGCAUUUUUUUUCAAAUAAAUUAAUAAUAAAUCCAUUUCAUGUGAAUUGAAGAAAGCAAGGUGAAAGACGACCUGACAAAUGAAAUGGAAUAAUAACAGAAAAACCCAAUGGACAGGAAUGAGUGAGCAGCAUCCGCUUUUGUAUGAGAACCUAUCAGAGGAGGAGCAGUCAAACCCUCAUUUCCAGAGACGAUUGCGGCCUAUGGUGUUACGUGGUCGAGCCAGAAAUAAGGUGAAAGGUGCUGUUGCCAUCAUCAAGCAGUGGCCAGGUCAUUGGUCUUCAACUCUGACAUAUUGGUGGAUCGGACUAGGCAUGAUCGCUAUAGUGACAUUAAUCGUAUAUAAUAGUAUAUCAGCAUUUGCAUUAUUACCCACGGAACAUUUGAGAGGGAUUCGAACACGCAUUUCAAAUACUGUGAAGGACACUAUCUCUGAAGAAAACAAAGAGACUCAAAAUGUUUUUAUGCAUUUAUUUGUUGAAAACAACAAAGAAGUCGAACUGAAUAAUUAUAUGCCUUACAUAGAAAUAAUAGCCAAAAAAUUUCCAGAUUACAAUUACAAAAUAGUAAUUAUCACAAACGAUACAAAUGCAGAAACGAAUGCAUUAAGUGCGGAAGAAAACAACGAAAAUGCAUUUAACUUACUAUGGACCAAUAAGCACGUCCAAUCUGCUUCGAAAAGUAACAUAAAAAUUCAACAUACAUCAUUGUCCAAACAUAUGGAAAACUCUCCACUUCGAAAUAAUUGGAGAAAUUUGCCAAAUCAAUUUAUACCAUUUUUGGUUCGUGCUGUUUCAAUUUGGGAUAAAGGUGGCAUAACGUUUAAUCCUACCAUUCUUACUCCUCGGUCACCGCAUGCUAUUUAUAUAGAAAAACUGCAACAUAUUCUCAGAAAUUAUCCGUUAAUGCCGAAAAAUACUUUACAAGAUAUGGAGAGUAUGAAUAAAACUCAUCAUGGUUUGAAGAAAAAAGUUAAUAAUAUUCGUGACAUUAUCUAUGCAAUGGAAAACGAAAGUGAGGAUAACUUGUCGACUGAAGAAAGUCUAGAUGCAGCAGAAAACAAAAAUGACAUUUUUAUAUUAGACAAUCUUCAAAAUACAAGUCAUUAUCUUGCAAUUAAUAAAGUAACCAGUAGCGAACUUCACAAAAAUGAAAUCCAUGGGAAAACAAAUACUAGUGAUGAAGGCAAAGUUCGUUAUCAUCUUAAGACUAACGAAACUACCAUCAAUAAAGAUAAUUUUCUAAACCAACAAUCCAAAAAUGGCAUGGAAGUUAUUAAUACAUCCAUAAAAAACAACACAAAUAGUAUUGCAUUGUUGCCCAUGUUUUUAAACUUCUUAUUUAAGAACAAGCCACUUUCAGAGACAAAUACUGAUUCUGAUACACAGGAACCUAUAACUAAAAGUCGGAAACGUAAACAUGUAUUACUCUUGAAUAGUAAUAAAAAUAAAACUUUACCUGAUAAAAUGUUAUGUGAAAAUUUAAAACCAAUAAUAGUGCCAGCAAAUUCUUUAAAAAGCUUUUCACCUACAGAUGAUGUUGAAAAAAUUAAUAGUAUGAAUCACUUUGCUAUUGACUUAAAAGGAAAUUUAAUUGCAUCUGUUAUUCCAUGUCAUGCCUUUUUAGGAUCAAUUUUUAGUAAUUUAGUUCAUUAUAAUCAAGAAUCAAUUACCGACUUCAUUAUAUCUGAGCUUUCAACAUUUUGUAAGGGAGUCCUAUCCUCGUGUAACGGCAUUGAUGUUAUUUUGCUGUAGAUCGUAUUACCUAAUUUUAUAUUAAAUAGUAGUAAUACAAUUACUUAAUUAGACAUUAAAUAGUAUUAUUGGAUGGUCUAUACAUGACUUAUUUGAUGUGAAGUUUUAGUCAACUGUCUACGUUUUACUCAUAUUUUUUUAUUUAUGUAAUGUGACUCAUUUAAUUUACCUGCUACAGUGGAAAUAAAAAUUAAAAACAAUUAAAUGAUCGUGUGCUUUUAUUACAUUAACUUAAUAUUAAAAAUCAAAUCGUGCCCAAAAUAUUGUUUUAGUGUAACAAUAUUUUGGUCACAAGUUACUUAGAAAAAAAUAUAUCUAUCGAAAUAAUUCUUCGAAGGUGUCACUCCAUAAAAAUUAUGGCAGCAAAAGUAUUGUCACAAAUUAAAUAUUUAGACUAGAUGACAAUAUAUUUUGUGUUGGCAUUAAUGUUUGCUAUUGUUUUAGUUUUUUGUAAAGGACAAUAUUACAUAGCACAAGAGCAAUCAGUUUUAUAAAAAAAAAUAGAUAAAUAUUUAUGAUCAAGCACAUUGCUUUUCUAAUGUAUUUGCCAAAUAUAAUUAAACUUAUAUUUAUACACGAAACUGUACCUACAUGUACAAUUUUAAAGGCGUUAUAUUUUAAAUUAAUAACUAAGUAUUUUUAAAAUUAAUUUAUUAUAACUAAUUUUGUUACCAUGCCUCUAGUCUGCAUUUUUAGAGAUCCAUUUUUUAAAAUAAUGAAUGCAAUGGCAAGAAAAAAUAAUUUUCAACGUGAUCGUCACCCUCAUAAAAUGAUAUUGCAACUGGUAAUUCAGACUAAUAAUAAUUAUAAAUGCGAAAGUAAUUCUUAUCGUUACAUUAAAUUUUGUUAUAUAUCCUUGGCGAAUAAUGUCAUCCGGUGCCAAUUUUACCCAUGGGUUAAAAUAUUAACCCUAAGGGAUCUGGAACCAGAGCAUUCGACUGCUUUUUGUCGCCAAAUAAAUUCUGAAGUGGCGAAAUAGGCGAUAAUUUUAUUUAAAUAAAUAAGAAAAUGUGCGUAAACCUCUACUGCUAUUAUAUCAAAGAGGUUUCAUUGUUAAGUAAACAAUCUUUAAAAAAACAUAUACAUCUAAAAAAUAUCACUUGGCUAUGUUUCUCCUUUCAAUCGGUAUCUCCCACCGAUUGUUCCAAUUUUUACUCGACGAUUCUUCACAAUAUUUCAUUUGUUCCCGUUUCUCGCACCUUCUACUAAUUGACCAAUACACAUAGCCUUGCGGACACUGGUAAACAAAACCCCGCAUCGUUCCUGAUUUGGCUUGCAAACACUUGAGAAAAACUACGGAGCAUUCAUACUUCUUCUCGAAUGGAUGAUUUCCAGUAGUAGCACACGUGUGCCUAUCCCAGUCUCCUUGUAUC